GGCGUGACUCUCCCCGGUCAUGUGAGCGUCACCAGCGGCUGCGGGGCCAGAGAGCAGCGGGGACACCGGAGCGCCAUGUCACCGGCGGACAGCAGCACCCUGGCGGGAUGGUGGAUGGGAUUUAACUGGACAGCGACAGGUACAGUUAUUAAGAUGAUUGCUGAAGAAAUUCAGAUCUGAUAUACUGGUGCUUCCUCUAUCAUUGGUGUCUCAAAACUCCUAAACUCUCCGAGCCAUGACGGCCAAGUCGGCCAAGUCGGCCAAGUCGGCCCUCCUGAAGGUCAUCCUGCUGGGCGACGGUGGCGUGGGAAAGUCGUCCCUCAUGAACCGCUACGUCACCAACAAGUUCGACUCGCACCUCUUCCACACCAUCGGCGUGGAGUUCCUGAACAAGGAGCUGGAGGUGGACGGCCACCUGGUCACGCUGCAGAUCUGGGACACGGCGGGCCAGGAGCGUUUCCGCAGCCUCCGCACGCCGUUCUACCGCGGCUCCGACUGCUGCCUGCUCACCUUCAGCGUGGACGACGGCCAGAGCUUCAGCAACCUGAGCAACUGGAAGAAGGAGUUCACGUACUACGCCGACGUCAAGGACCCCGACAACUUCCCCUUCGUGGUGCUGGGCAACAAGCUGGACGUGCCCGAGCGGCAGGUGUCGGGGGAGGACGCCCGGCAGUGGUGUCGGGAGAACGGAGGACACCCGUACUUUGAGACCAGCGCCAAGGAUUCUACCAAUGUGGCGUCGGUGUUCGAGGAGGCGGUGCGUCGCGUCCUGGCGAUGGACGACAGAGCGGAUCACCUCAUCCACAGCAACACGGUGGACCUGCAGAGGAAGAGCCCCCCCGAGUCCACCUGCUGCUGAGCGGACCCCCAGCAGGUCACCCCCGUGGUGUGAGACUCUGGAGAAAGAGGAACUGGGGUCUGCUCAGUUUUUAGAAGCAAUAACUGAACAUUUUGUGCCAAUAUUCAUCGUUUUACCACACACGAGACACAACACUCCGAACUCUGAUCCAGAACUCUGUGGGGAAUGUGCUUUUGAAUUUAUACAAAGCGUGAAUGGACAGUUAUUAGACUGAUAUUUCUGAGUUGUAUUGAUUUAUUUGUCACCAAUGAACCUUAAAAAGAUGCAGUGUGUGGGCAAACCUGAUAGUCUAAAGGCCUUUCGAGCGUUAUUGUGACUUUAGUUGAAAAGCUAAGCUAUGUCAUCUCAAAACAAACUGCCAAAAGUAAAAGACGGUUUUGUCCUCAUCAGUCCUCAGAUUAUUAUCUGUUUCUAGAUGCAGAUAACGUUUAAAAUAAAGUGAUUUAAUACUGAUUACUCCAUAACAAUCAAAACAUGAUUUUCUCGUCCUUUUUACAAGCAAAUUACCAUUAGAAAAAACAACAUUUACAAUGUUUAAAUCAGUUUUCUUUACAGUAUUAACAUGGAUAGAAAUAGCAUUCUUAUUAUCUUUUCCUCUUGACAUACAGCUGAUAUAAAGGUACCUCAAAUUGUAUGUGGUCUAUCAAAUUACAGGUAGAAACCACUCUUUCUGGCACUACAUUUUAUAGCAUAAUUUGUUCCAGAUAAAAAGAUUACUUUCUGUUCUAAUUGGAGGAUAUUGUGUGUUGAUAUAAAAACCCAGUGAUGCCAUGAUUUAACUUAGUGUUUCUCGAAGGAAGAGUUGAUUAGUUCCUGUAUUUAAGUAUCUAUUAAUCACUACCCCUCCUCUAACUAUAAAAGUGGAGCACAACAUGAAACUCUAAUUACUCUGUGGCCUUAACAUUUCUCAUUAAAUACUUUCUGUAUGGUAUAUGACUCCCAGUAUUUUCUACACUGGUGAUAAAGCAGUCCCCAUCAAUAAAACUGGAUAAAAUGUA